AUGAAGAUUUCCCUCGCUCUCAUCGCCAGCUCAUUUGGCCAAGAUCUCGCGACUGCCGGCAAUUCAUCUGCUACCGAGGCUCCGGUAGUUUCUUAUACUGAGGCCGUUUCUCUCCUCAACGAUGGGAGCAACAAUGGCACCAGCGCUGUGCUAAGAAAUGGCGAAACAGAAGAAUGCGUCAAAGGGGCCUGGGGAAAGGAUUGUUUCAAUAACUGCAACUGUGGCGAAAAUGGAUGCGAUAAAAACACGGGCGUUUGCGAUGGGGACGUGGGAGUAUGCCCUGAUCAUUACACAGGGCCGAGAUGCGACGAGCCCGUCUGCAACGAUUUCUGCGCUGGGCCUGGAAGCAUUUGCGUCGCUCCCCACCGCUGCGUCUGCGCCGGCCACUACACGCAGGGCUCGUAUAAGCUUUCUGACGUGAAGGAUGCCAGCACCGGCGAACCUUACACUAUGUACUACUGCUCGUCCAACAGAGGCGACGGCUUGAAAGGCGCGUUUGCGUCCCUUUUGAUCCUGAUUGUUUCGAUAUCGCUGUGUGCCUUUGUCCAGACGAACGCGACUGGGCGAGAUCGCAGGAAGCAGUACGAGUAUAUCGCCGAAACGGAGCAGUAG